AUGAAUUACUUUUUAGAAGUAGUCAAGCAAAUUUACAUUCUGCUCAAGAAGAAUGGUCUUCUCUAUCUCAGAAGAUGGAAAUCCACUCUCCUUCAACUUCUUUCUCCCAUUCUCAUUUUGGCUGUGUUGGUGAUUCUUGCUGCCAUUAGUGAAAUUACUUUUGGUGGUAAAAGUAUUACCUAUCAACCUGUAUUGAAUAUUCAUUCUCCUAACAUUGAUUUACCAUCUGAUGCAUCAACUUCUCUUCGUUUCUAUAAUUGUACUUCAUGGAAUGGAAACAAAUGCUAUUCACUCAGUGUCACUGCGAAUGGUGUUUCAAUGGGUGAAAGUGUAUUGAAUCAACUCCUUGUUCAAGAUUAUGGAUUAAUUCAAGACAAAGACUAUAAGAAUUUUACCACUCAAAAACAAUUAGAAUCAUUUCUUUAUGAAAAUCAAAACUCAACUGUGAUUGGAAUUGCAUUUCUUCCAGAUUCUCCUAAUACUGUGUCUUAUACGAUUUAUUACAAUAGAACUCAAAAUGAUUUGUAUUCUCCAGUUCUAUCCAUUCAAAAUUUAAUUGAUAAUACUAUUGUUUAUUUGAGAAUGAAACAACUAGGAAGAUUGGACAAUCUCAAUUCAGAGAAUCCAAAACAAAGUAUUCAAGUCAAUUACAAGAAUUUUGCUCAACCACCCACUCGUAAAAAUGGACAAGUCAUUAUCUAUAAUAGUACUGGUCCAACCUUUUUUAGUAUUGGCGCCAUGAUUAUUUUAAUUGUCAGUUUGAAUAGUCUUGUGGUUGAGAAAGAGGCUCGUUUGAGAUUUGCCAUGAUCAUGAUGGGUAUGAAAGACUCUGCUUACUUUGUUUCAUGGUUUAUUACAUUCUUUUUGAUUUGUUUGGUAUUCUCAUUGGUCAAUGUGAUUGGUGGAAUGAUUUUUGGAAUUAGUAUCUUUUUGAAAGGCAAUUUUUUAAUUUUAUUAAUUCUAUUCUUUUGUUUUAGUUUUUCAUUGAUUUGCUUUGCCUUUUUAUUAUCCACUUUUAUUAAGGAAUCAAAGAGUGCAUUGGUUUUGGGAUUUACAGUAUUGGCAAUAUCAUUUAUUCUCAAUCUCUUUGUCUCUAAUGGAUCUGUUGUCUAUCAAUUAUACUCUCCAGAUGUCACACCUGCAUUCAGAGUCAUUCUUUCAUUUUAUCCUCCAUUUAACUUUGCAAAGGUCUUUACUGAUAUUGCUACCAAAACACUUCCAGUCUACGAUGAAGUUCAAAGAAAAUUUGUUCCUGGUCCAGGUUAUACAUUUGAUGAUUUCUUUAAUGGAUCCAAUACUUAUGAUUAUGUUCCCAAAUCAUAUGUUGGUAUUUUAGUACUCAUUUGUGAUGGUCUAUUAUUCCUAUUGAUUUAUUGGUAUUGUGAUAAUGUCAUUUCUGAUGCCAAUGGUGUUCGAAAAAGUCCAAUCUUUUUUUUAUAUCCUUCUUAUUGGGGAAUUGACAAGUUGGUGAUGCACUUAUUUGGAAAAAAUAAGGAUUUGAAUAUUAAAACCAAUGAAAAACAAGAUGAAGAAGAUUAUCAAAGUAUGGAAACAGAGGAUGUUAGAAAUGAAUUUAAGAGAGCACGAAAUGUUGAAUUGAAUGCUGUUGUGAGAGUGGUAUCAUUGAGACAGACCUAUGCUGGAUUUUUAAGCAAAUUAGCCGCCAAAUUUCUUCCCUCCAAACUGGCGCAAAGUCGAUUCUUUCGAGAGAAGAAGGCUUUGAGAGGAUUGAAUUUAGUGGUUGAAGACAAUCAAUGUGUGUGCUUGUUAGGACACAAUGGUGCAGGUAAAACGACCACCAUGAAUAUUCUCACUGGUCUCUAUCAACAAACUUCAGGUGAAGCCUACAUUGGUGGUCUCAAUGUGAAAACAUCCAUUGAAAAGAUUCGAAAACAAUUAGGAAUGUGUCCUCAACAUGAUAUUUUAUGGGAUGAUUUAACAGCAGAAGAACAUUUGGAAUUAUUUGGUGAUAUGAAAGGUGUUCCAAGAUCACAACGUAAUGAAGAAGUUAAAUCUCUAUUAGAAUCAGUCGAUUUAUUAGAUGUUGGACAUCAUCUUACGAAAACUUAUUCAGGUGGUAUGAAGAGAAGAUUAUCCAUUUGUAUUGCUUGUAUUGGAAGUCCUAAAUUGAUACUAUUGGAUGAACCUACGACUGGAUUGGAUCCAUUCUCUCGUAAGAAAGCAUGGAAUUUAAUUCAUAAAAUGAAGAAGGGUAGAGCCAUGAUUCUCACUACUCAUGCCAUGGAUGAAGCUGAUUACCUUUCAGAUCGUAUUGCUAUUAUGGCUCAUGGUCAAUUGAAAUGUAUUGGCGAUUCUCUCUCAAUUAAGGCUCAAUAUGGUUCUGGAUAUAAUUUACUUGUGGUAUCGAAUGCAGGAUUUGAAAAACAAGUUCUAAAAUUAGUAUAUACUUACAUCCCAGCUGCAAAGAUUGUGAGUCAAAGUGCUGGAAAUUAUAUUUUCAAUGUUCCUAAAGAACAAUUAACUGAAUUGGGUGUAUUAUUAGAAUAUUUUGAGAAAUUAAUGGAAGGAAAUGACACUCAUACUCCUCCAUUAUUGAAGGAUUGGGGUAUUUCUCAAACAACAUUGGAAGAAGUGUAUCUCAAGGUGACAAAGAAAUCAGAAUUUGGAUACAAGAAUGCAGAUAUGGGUGAACUAAGCACUGUUGGAAGUGAAGCGAAUUUGGAGCAACGAGAAUUGUUAACUCAUCACCCAAAUAGUGAAUCAGUAUUGAGCAUUCCUCAAAUUCAAUCUACAAGUGACUUUGAAAUGAACACACUUGGUGGCAGCAGCACCACAAGUGGUAAUGUUCUACCACCAACAACAACAAGUCUUGAAUAA